AUUGGAUUGAAGGCUUGCUUCACUGCGCAUUUUUCGUAUAGCUCGUUACAGUAAGUGGUGGUCGCGGCGACUCACUCCGCCAAUACCAAAAUAUCUCCAUUAGUCGCAGUAUUUAGAACGUCACUCAAAAACCAAGCUGCUCAUAGAAAUGUGCGAACUUGCAAUAUAUUGAUCAGUGAUAUCCAUCAGUAUAUUUGAACCCAGGAAUAGAAACAGAUUGAAACGAAGCACAUGGGGCCGAAUUUUGCGAAGAACCCCAUUUUUAAUACAGUCGGUCCCAUGUUUUGCGUGUGGUUUUUUCACCUUAUUUGUUCAGGACACCAUAUUUUACUGAGUAGAGUACUAAUUUUUACCAUUCCCUUUACUACCCUGGACGCAUGGCAGGUUAUUGUAUUUUAUGUAUUGAAGUACAUUUCGAGUAGUGAUAGUUCAAAGCAUUUUAUCCAGGCCAACAGCCAUUUCUAAUAGUCGUUUUCAAUACAAAGAGUUCAAAAAAGUUCCAUGUUUUUAUUUGAAAAUAUAGUCAUAAAACUGGUUGAAUAACAUGGUCACACGCAGGCAUUAGAUCUUGGAAUACAACCUAAGUUAAUUGUCAGUAAACAUACUUGAUCAAUGAAUUUAAGUUCAGGUCUAGAAACAGUCUGGUUUUCUCUUAUUAGGUUCUCGGGACUUUGUCAAGGACUAUGCAGCUACUGAAGUCAAUAUUCUUGGUUUGAAAUUGGUUGCUCCAAUUCUUUUACUGUUAUGACGAUAGGACAGCCUCUUUAAUCUAAACUAUCUGUGAUCGUGACGAGCUUGGUGGAAUUGUCUUUCCACUCAGCUUUUUGUCAAUUGUAACCGUAACAAAUUUGGACGGCCGGUUUUCGUUUCUAGCUAUAAUAGUAAUUUCUCCUUGGGUUCUGAUAUACAGUGAUUAAUCACCCAGUUUUAUCUUUUUUAGAUGGAUAUUAUCAAAGAAAAUUUAAAUAACAUCACAGAUAUUAGUUUCAAGAAACCUGAAGGGAAACUCAAAACUCUAAACUUAAUUCCUAACAGUGUACAUCUUGUAGUAAUAAGCAAAUUAUCCAUCCCAAAAAUUAUUCGUGUAAACUUACCACAUCGUUCAAAAAAUUUAUCUAUCUGUUUGAUAGUUAAAGAUUUUCGCAAAGAUGAUUAUGAACGCACUACAGAAUCUUGGAAACGGCGUUGGAACAUGGAUUUGAAAAAGUCCGAACUUUCUCACUUAGACGCACCUGAAGUAACAUUUUUACCUCUGCGGGAACUAAAAGUAGCUUACCAAACUUUUGCUGCCAAACGUCGACUGGCUGCCACUUUUGACAUAUUUCUUGCCGACAAACGAAUUGUUCAUCGUUUACAAAAUAAACUGGGUAAAGCGUUCUACCAGGAGGUUUCAGGGAAAUUUCCUAUCCCAACGUCAUUUUCGAACAAUAAUCUUGUAGAUACUGUCCGACGGCAACUACAUACAUCUUUGUUCGUAAUUCGAGGCAAUGGGACAACCGAUAGUCUCAUAAUUGGGGAUGAUCUUUUCUCUUCAUUCGAGCUAAAGGAGAAUGUAAUAUCAGUUUGUGAAAAAAUUUGUUCAGAAUGGCCAGGUGGUGGUAUGGCAAAUAUCCGUUCUAUUUACAUUCAAAGCUCAGGUAUCUCCAUUCCUUUGUACUACGAUGAAACAGAAGCACCUUUAACUACAAUAAGUGAAAAAUUAUCGAGUCUUCCUAAAGCUGUUCACCGAAGAUCUCAUACACUUAUUAAGAAACUAAAAAACACAGAAGAUGGUGCGCCAAUCGUUAGUCAACCUAAAAAGUCUCAAAAAUCACUUAAAAGAUUACCGAAAGAACUCGUUUCACAAAUUGCAGAUGAUCUUCCUUUGACAUCAGAUGAAGUCGACAAAAUUUUACGCAAACGAAACUUCAACGAUAGUAGCAUCACCCAAAUGAAGCUAAAACGAAAUAAAAGGAUUUCUCGUCAUAAAUUUGUAAAAAUAUAGUUCAUUCUUGUCAACGUUGCUUUUUCUGUCAGUACAGUUUCUACAGUAAAUUAGUACAUCUGAAGAACAGACAUUUACGUUUUUGUAAGACAUGAAAUAUUAAACAGUCAAAAUAAAUAAAUAUCACACAAAAAAUCUCUCAUCAACCUAACUAAUGUCUCUGAAAUACUUAACUUGAUCUUCAACGUCGAUUUCUCUGCAUUUAUAUGUUCAAGAGAAACGGAACUAUUUCUGAAUGAAAAAAUUACAAGAGUAAUAUUUUCAACAGAAGCAAAACGAAUCUACUAUUUUAAAUGUAUUAAUCAGAUCAACUAUCAUAUGAAUUACAUUUCGCUAUUUAACUUGAUGUGUCUUCUCACCAAAAUCUUUUAUUUAUCAAUCAUACAAUUUAUAUUUUGCUUACUGACAAUUUUCAACACCACAUGAACUAAUUCUACUAUUAUUAUUACUAUUGCUGUAAUGAACGAGAACACCAGUGGGGACAAUCUAAUGUAUUUGAAUACGAAAUUAAAGAACAUCUUAGUAGAAUCUGAGAACUAUACAGUAAAUAAUUAAUUUGCAAAAUGUCAAUCGAUUGUCUCAAAUUUGACUGUUCCUUUUGCAAAUGUCAGUCAACCAUCUCAGACUUCACGUUCCUUCAUUUCCACACCAAUCAUUCUCUUUUCUCGUUCGCAUUUCUUUAAUCUUCUUAACCUUCUGCUUUCAGGUAUUUUACUUUCGAUUGAUCACACAUACUACUUAUAUCUUUCGACAUUAGUAGCACACUACGUUACUACUACUGCUACUCUUACUAAUAAUAUUGUGAACGAGAACACAGGUGGAGACAACCAACGUAUCAAAACCCAACACUACAGAAUCUCUUCGUUAAAUAUGAAAACCAUACACUUGGAACUUGUUUGUAACUUUCUGUUGCUUGUCCCUCACAUUCUGUAUGAUUUUCAAGUUCACAAUUUCUUCCUAUUUUCCCUUGUAUUCUCUUCAACAUGAUCUUAGCCUACUGCUGCCAGGUUUUCCACUUUCAACUAGUGUUACAUGCUACUUAUGUCUGUUGUCGUAAGUAGGAUACACAACACUACUACUAAUACUACUUAUACCAAUACUAAUUAUAGUAGUAAUAAUAACUAAAAUAAUUUAUAUUUGCGUCCAGUUGAUAAAAUUUCAGCGUUGUUAAUGU